AUGGGUGUCCUAGAUUUAGAGGCAAAAAUAGACUUGUUGGAGCAGCAAGCAAGGCAGUGCAACGUAGAAAUCUCCAACAUACCUGAAAGACGGAAUGAGAAUCUUAUUGACCUGCUUGAAUGUUUGGGUAAGCAGAUUGGAUACAGCAUCCGGAAAGAAGAUGUUGUCUCCAUACACCGUGUUCCUCACGCUGCGCAGAAUAACAAGCCCAAGAAUAUUGUUGCGAAAUUUACCACAAGAAUCCAACGAGACAAUACAGGGUGUAAGGAACACCAACAACUAGGAAUAUCGGGCACCUCACAUAAAGUCUUCGUGAACGAACAUCUCACGCUACGGAACAAGCAGCUUUUUCGGAAGGCCCGGGAAGCAGCAAGUAGUGAGGGUUACAAAUUUGUUUGGACUAAGCAUUCUACAAUACUCGUCAGAGAGACUGAAAACUCUGCUGUGCUGGCUAUUCGAACGAUUGAAGACAUCGGAAAAAUUAAGGCUAAUACCAAAAGUGCUAAGACUAACUCCUCCAUGUAA